GCCGUGCCUCACCAGCGAGACUCAUGGACCGGGAAGGUGGGUUGGCGGCCCUCAGGUGCCUCCUGCUCGGCUUCUCGGUGUUCCUCUGUGGCAGCGGCGUCCUCCAGCCGGCAGAAUCUCUGAAAGUGACAAUGGAAAGUCGGAUGGUGGCAGUCUUGGAUACAGAUGUGAUGAUCCCAUGUGAGAUCUCUGAAUACAGUACUCCAGAGCUAAAGAUUGCAAAAAUUGCUGUUGAGUGGUACUGGAAGGCUUUUUCCACGGAAACAGAAAAUAUAGUAUACACCAUUGUUUCUGGAGUGCCUAAAUCUUAUAGAAACGGUGCAAAAAUGGAUGAAAGUGAACUGAUAAAAGGCAAUGCUGCACUUUCCCUCCACCAAAUACAGAUUAGUCAAGAAGGAAUAUACAGAUGUUCUGUGACUGUUACCCCAGAUUCAAAUGAAGGAACCACUGCUGUAGAACUAAUUGCUCAACCUUCUGUAAAGCUGUCUCCCAGGACAGUUGAACUAGAAAACGGCAAGGAGAAGACCCUGUCAUGUACAGUGAACAAAUUCUAUCCUCUUUUGAUUGAGGUUCAUUGGGAGAAAAAAUCUGAACAUGGCAAUAAUGAAGUUGUACCUGCAGAUGAUAUUUGCACAGGGGUACCUGUGAAAAAUGUAGAUGGCACUUUCAAUGUAACCAGUAAACUGGAGCUACAACCAUCAUUACAGGAUAAUGGAAAUGUCUAUAGUUGUGUUGUGGGACACAAAUCAUUUUCCAUACGGCAAGCCUUCAAUGCCACUUUGAUAGUAAAAGAACCGCCACCAAAUUUUAUCUGGUUGGCUGUGAUACCUGUUUUAUUAUUACUUGGUGUGAUUCUUGUAAUUCUGUACAUAAUGUGCUUUAAGAAAAUUCAACCAGAGAAAUUUUCAUCAAUUCUAAAUAAGGAAUUGAAACAUCUGGAAGAAACAAUGGUGGUGUUCUCGCUGCAAGGCUUUCGUCCAAAGCCUUUAGAAAUAGUUUUUUUCUUAAAACUCCCAAGCUGGAAUGAAAAACAGGAAAUAUACUCUUGGAAUACUAUUACAGCCAGCAAUCCUGAACAUGGAGAAGAUAUACCUCUUAUCAUCACUGGAAAAGGAGAAGAAAAUGCUGAUCUUGUCAAGAAGUUGAAGACCAUGUUUACUUUUGAUCAAAUUUUGCAAGUAAGACAAAGGCGCGCUUUUGACCUUUUCUGCAAAGUCAACAUAGUUCCAGAUGUAAAGCUGCUGGAGGAGUUUGAAUUUACACUUGAAGUUAGACAUGCGGCCUUUCCAGGUGGUUUGUCUACUGAAACAAUAUCUUUUAAAGUCAUAGAAUGUACUCCCAAAGUCUCCAAAUUUGAAUGUGAGCCUCCUGUACCAGAGUGUGGGAAACUCAUCACAUUAUCUUGUUUGGUAGAAGUUUUCUGCCCACGGGAGUGUGACAUUUGUUGGCUAAGAGGCAAUAAUGAGCCUUUGGAUGCUACAAGUAACACAGAGGAGCCACAGUUGGACCCAGGAUCAAAUCUGUAUUGCAAGAAAAGCAGAGUAUCCUUUAUACCUCAACCAGAAGACCAUGCAGUAGACUUUAUUGUUCAAAUCAACCAUUGUAAAAAGGUUAUAAGACAUAGUUACCCACUCCUGUUAAAAGGUUACCCCAAAGUUACAGAUAUUACGUGUGAACCAAAUGAUCCUAAAUAUGGAACUACAUUGUUUCUAACCUGUGAAGUCACAGAUUUCUUUCUUAGCGACAUACAUAUUCAAUGGCUUGAUGGGGGUAUUGAAAUAAGUAAAGGUGUGGACACAGAGCGGCCAGUUGAAGACUCAAAUGGCUGCUUGAAGUUGUCUUCUAAGCUCCAGCUGAUACCAACUGCUUUGGAUCAUAAUAAGUUCAUUACUUUCAGUGUGACAUAUGGCGACCUGAAAAACCCCAUUAUUAGAGAUGUGUAUCUAAAGCUCCCAGUUCACCGCCCUGAGAUGUCUGAAAUAAAGAUGUCUGAAAUGCAAAACAGUGAGAGCAUCUCUUUGGAAACUGUCAUAUCAAAUUUUGCACCUUGCAACAUAAAAGUGACAUGGUAUGAAGAAUGGGAAAAAAUAUCUGAAGACAAUCCUAGGAAUAUUCAGAUUGGAGAAAACAAGUUAGGUUAUUUUGUAAGCAAAUUACAGUUUAGUCCAAAAGGAAGAGACUCCAAAAAGACAAUCAGAUGUGAAGUUUUUCACCAAGCAACACAGGAUUUUAAAGAAAAAAGCUUUGUGUGGAAAAGCAAAGAAGAUUACUGUGAUAGCCUUGACAGAAUGUCGACUUCACCAGUGAGCCAAAACCACGUAGGACCAUUAAUACAUUCUAAGCUCACCAGUGAAGAACCAGCUCAGCCUAUGAAGAUAGAAUGUGUCACCAGCAACCCAAAGGCAGGCGAGAAGGUGACUCUUCGCUGUUUUGUACCUGGAAUAAGAGCAGAGGAAGCCAAUGUUUCCUGGUUUAAAGGAGUAUAUCCGGUUGAUGAUAAAAUAGAGAAUGAAAACUGUGGCAAUGGAUCUGGUUUUAUUUCAGAUGUGAUCAUUACAACCGAAAAAGAUAAGAAAAGAUAUGAAAUUAGAUGUGAAGUUUAUGUAGAUGCAAAUGAUGAAACACUGGAAGAAAUCUUUUAUUUAGAACUUUGAGAAAUCAUUGUAUAAAGACAAUGAAUAUACAA